CCGUCCGUUCGGGACCUCCUCCUUGUUCCUCUCCGCACCCCCGCUUUUGUUCCCGCAAGCAGGAAGGGGGAAGACAUGGCGCCGGCCGUGAGGAGAAGCGGGGCGAGCGAGAGCAGCCGCGGGUCCUGCCCAGCCAGCCUGGAGACGCGGCUGCGCGGCUCUGGCUGAGCCGUCCUGUCUCGCUUUCCCGUCUCCCUGGCCGAGGCUUGGCCUUCUCCUCCUCUCUUCCCUCCGGGCGCGCUCGCCUCGCGCCAGUCCCCCGCCGCACAAAGCAGCUCGGCGGGAGGGAGGCGCUCGCUGGACGCCGGCGUUUGGCUCUGGCGCAGCCUCCCGCUGCCUUGGCCUGCCUUGGCGUAAUGGGCAUUUUCCCUGUCGUCGCCGGAAUCGAGUGUGUGUGUGCGCGCAUUUAUACGUGUGCGUAAUUAUGCAUUCACUUAGAAGGGGGAAGGAAAGCCCUUGUUUGUUGUUGCUCCUGCAGUUGCCAAGUGAGGAGAGGCGAGCUGAGCUGAUUUUUUUUGUAGUUGAGUUUUGUGCUUCUUAUUUUUAGGCCACUGGGAGUUUUUGACCAGUUAUUGUGUGCCUGAAAGCCCCAGACAGCCCGCAAGUCGUUGCAACAACUCUGAAAUGUAAAGACAGAAAACAGAAGAAAAGGCAGAUCUCAAGAAAAUAUAAUGCGUAAUCUGGUAUGAAAAAGCCCAGUUUGGGAAAGGCAAUAUAGUAGAAGUCCAUUGGCUUUUUAAAGAGUGAGUUACAGAGGCUCUGGAGUUUAAAGUGAUAAAAAUGAGAUUCAGCCAAAAUUUGAGUAAAUAAGUAUGGGCCCAGAUGUGCCUCUGUUGAAUGACCACAAGCAAGAAUUCCUCUUAAAGCGAUUUCCACAGACUGUUUUGGGUGGCCCUCAAUUUAAGUUAGGAUACUGUGCACCUUCUUACAUCUAUUUGAAUCAGAUUCUUCUCUUCUUGAUACCAUGGGUUCUAGGUGGAAUUGGGACGCUUAUGUAUCAGCUAAGUGUUUUGCAAGACUAUUGCACCGCUGCACUUUCUGGAGGACUAAUGCUUGUUGCAGCUAUUACUGUUCAGGGAAUAAACUUGUAUGCCAGGCAAAAAACUGCACCCAUAGAAAGAAUGCACGUCCACAAUAUACUAAUGGAGGAAGAUGAGUGGGAGUUUUCUAGCUGUAUAGGUUUGGAGACAAUCAAAUUUAUUAUUCCAGGCAAAAAAUACGUAAUUAACAUAUUUUUUCACUCACUUCUUGCUGGAGUACUAUGUGGCUUAGGAACUUGGUACUUGCUGCCAAGCAGAAUUGCCUCCUUGUACGGAGAUAAUAUUGGAACAACUAUGGUGAUCUUCAUAUUUGGAUGGUUGACAGUGUGCAUUGGCGAAUAUUCCUUAAUUGUUAAUACUGCUUCAGAGACUGCUACUUAUCAACCACUGGACACUUAUGAAAUUGUUCCUCUUAUGAGACCAUUCUACAUUUUUGUCUUCAUUGCAGUGGAUCUUGCUUACAGAUUUGUUGCUGAUGUUCCAGUUUUAAAGUUGGUCAAUCAGGUUAUGCACAUCAUAUUUUUGUCUUUGCCUCUCUUAUGGACUUUGGGGAUUCUGCCUCCAUUGGAUGCACUUUUUCUCUGGGGAAUGGAACAAGUGUUGGAACUUGGUCUAGGAGGCUCGCCUAUGUCAAGUAAUGUAAGGCUGGUAGCAAUGUUUAUCAUUUCUUUGGGAACAGCUAUUGCAUCUUACUUCAUCCCUAACACGCUUGGUGUGGUUCUGUUCAUGACUGGAUUUGGAUUUAUACUGAGUCUUAAUCUAAAUGAGAUUGGAUUAACCUUCAAGUACGCUAUGAUCAGCUGUUUAGCUUCCAGCAAGUUUAAAAACACAUCUUCCUGUAGAACACAGUUUGUAUGGAAGGAAUUAAUUUUCUAUUUCAUUGUAUUGACUUUUGCUCUCCUGGAAGCUGGCUUGUUGCACUCCUUCCUUGGUUUUCAGACAUUUUCCAAAACUAGCAUCCAAGCUGUUAUUAGUUACAUAUUAAUAGUAUUGCUUCUUGCUAUGUGGAUUCUCAGAGAGAUUCAAACAGUGUAUUUGUUUGGAUUGUUCCGAAAUCCCUUUUAUCCAAAAGAUCUAAUGACAAUGAAUGUAUCUGGAAAGAAGGAAAAGAAUCUCAAGAAAAUUGGUAUAUUAAGAAAGAUUUUACUAACUUUAGUGUCACCAUUUGCUAUGAUAGCAUUUCUUUCCAUAGACAAUUCUCUGCAUCAUCUGUCAUCCAUUUAUAUUUCCAUUGGACUUUCAAGAAGCUUUAGAAUGGUGUGGCAAGAUACAGAGCAUGCUCUGUUGGAUAUGGUGGUGGUGUCUACAGUGCAGUUGCUGGUGUUCACUACUGAUCUGUGGUGGAACAAAAGCAUUGAUACAGGAAUUAGACUCUUGUUGGUUGGAAUUAUUCGGAGUCGGCUAUUUCAGUUUGUUUCAAAAUUGCAAUUUGCAAUCACUGUUCUCUUGACAUCGUGGACAGAAAAAAAACAACGCCGGAAAUCCACAACUACUCUGAUUACACUGAACAUUGUUUUUUUUCCAGUUGUACUGGCCCUCAUAGUGCUCUCUUCAUUGCUGUCUUCUCCCUUGCUAUCACUUUUUAGUCUCCCAAUAUUUUUGAUUGGCUUUCCCAGACCAGUCCGAAGCUGGCCAGGGCCUGUGGGCAUAAUGGCCUGCGUAGGUCCUGAUGCUGUAUAUUAUCAACAGAUGAUUCCAAGUUUGAGGACUGCACUGCAAUCUGCAUUCUCAACAGGCAGUUUAGGUUUCUGUUCACCUGGAUCCCACUACUUGUGCCGAUUUCAAGACAGACUAGUAUGGAUCCUUGUUUUAGAAAGAGGCUACACUUACUGCUGUCUUAAUAUCAAGGGUUUAGAAUUGCAGGAAACGUCCUGUCAUACUGCUGAAGCUCACAGAAUUGAUGAUAUUUUUGCGAUGGCCUUUGAACAUGAGGAAUGUAGUCAGAUUUUCUCUCUCAACCAUCAUUUUGGAAAUAUUUUAACACCUUGUGCUGUUCUUCCUGUGAAACUCUACUCAGAUGCCAGAAAUAUCUUGUCUGGAAUAAUUGAUUCCCCUGAAAAUCGGAAGCAGUUGAAAGAAGACUUCAUAAAAGUUCUCUUGUGGAUGCUAAUCCGUUACUGCUAUAAGUCAAAAACACCUAGGACUCUUGAAAAGAUGUCUAAAUCCCAGCAGGAGUACUCUUCAGCAGAACCAUCUGAAGUUUUAAACAAGGCAGUAGAAAGACCAGGUUCAUGGAAAGAUGAAGAUGGCCUCAGUGUGGAAUCAACAGAGGAGUGGACUGAUGAUAGCAAUCUCUUUGAUGCUGAACCCAGCAAAAAAACAUUCAAAACAAAUGUCACAGUAUCACAAGGUGGUUCACCAAGACCUUUCUAUUCUCUUCCGGGCUCAGUGGAAAUACACACUACAGAUGAUGAAAUAGCCAGUGUAAAUAAACUCUAUAAAACUGUUGUUCUUGGUCUUCCUGCUGUAGAUGCUGGAAAACAGUGGGGAAUUAUGGAUUUAUCCCCCAUUAAAUUCAGUAACUUCUAUUCUGAGCUGUUAAGCAUUCCUGAAGAAUGGAGAACUGCACCAUUAUCUGUUGCCAAAUUCCAUGAGAUGAAACAGAAGUUUCCAGUAGAGUGGUAUCAUUUUUUACUUCGCCAGCUAGACCUAUUUCAUUUGAAAGAAAAUCCUUUGAAUUUACUUGAAGAUCUUAUUAAAGACACUGCUUUGAAGGAUUUAUAUGUCCAGAGUGCUUUAUCCUGUUAUAUUGCAAUGUUUGGAUUAGAUGAUACUGUUGUUUCUCCUGGUCAUAUUUUCAGAGCCUACAAUGGAAGCCUUCCGUGGUCAGUCUGUUUGGACUGGUUAAUAGGAAAGCAGGAGUUAUAUCAGCUAACACUAAAAACGUUCAGAUAUACAGUGAAGUUUAUGAUUGAUAAAGCAAGCCUGGGUCCAGUUGAAGACUUUAAAGAGCUGCUAAAUUAUCUUGAAGAAUAUGAAAAUAACUGGUACAUUGGUUUGGUGUCUGAAAAGGAAUGGCCACAAGCUGUUUUACAAGAAAAGCCGUAUCUCUUUUCUUUGGGGCAUGACCCAGAUAUGGGAGUUUAUACUGGCAGGAUACUCACCCUUCAGGAAUUCCUAGUACAAGUGGGAAAACUGAAUGAUGAAGCUAUCAGAGGACAGUGGGGAAAUCUGUCGUGGGAGCUGCUUUAUGCCACAAAUGAUGAUGAGGAACGCUAUAGCAUCCAGGCACACCCUGUACUCCUAAGGAACCUGACCAUACAAGCAGCAGAUCCUCCACUUGGCUAUCCUGUUUAUUCCUCUGAACCUCUUCAUAUGCCCUUCCUGUAGUUCCCACAAUUAGGCCACUUGUGUUUCAGUCGCAGUGGGGGCACUUCUUUGGAGAGGGAUUUUGAGCAUGUAUUGUUUAGCAUCAGGCUGACAAUGGGAGACUUAAUGCAGGCAAUAAGAUAAUUAAUUAUGUAUUUUAAUGAUGUAUAUUGUGUGUUUUUAUAUAAAAUCCCCCAAAUCAUUACCAAUAGUGUAUUGGCAAGUAAUUUCCACAGGGAUGUAAGUUAGUUUAUGUACCUUAAACCAUAGUUUUGUAUUUUACUGUAAAACUAAGGCUAUUUUAAUUAUUGUUAUAGCACAAGUUUUUUUUUCACUUGCUACAUUGUAUAUUUGUAUUAUGAAAGGGAUACUUGAAAAAUAUUUAAUGUCUGUUCAAUCUUGAAAAAGAAACAUUUGCUAAGAAUUACAAAUUGAAUAUUAGGGGAAAGAAAUGUCAUGGUUCAAGAAGAUUGGACAGGUGGAAGAGUUUCCAGUAUGAUUGUGCAACCCAGAGACAAAGAGACUUGCAACCAUGCUCCUACUUAGAAACAAAUCCUACCUGCUUAUGAGGAAAAAAAUGGAGGUCAACAGAAGAAGGCAAUGAGGCUACACAAAAAAGCAGGCCAGCUCACAAUGGAAGACAGAUAUACUACCUGACAGAUCAGUCAUUAAGUUCAUUGGUGUGAGGGGUUUGACAAAGCAGAUUUACCAUCCUCAUAGGGCUAUAUUGCUUGCAGGAGAGGUAAUAUAAAAGGUGUAUUUAUUCUCCUCUGUCAGAGUGACAAAGCAUUCUGUUCACCUGCAGUUGGUAGAACUGUAAAUCAUAUAGUGUAACUCCAAUCAUCAACAUUAGAGUUUUAGUAUUUUAGUGUUGAGUUGGAAAUAGCAGAUGAGAGUUCUGAUUCUCUCAAGUUAUUAAGUUAUUAAGUAGCUAUCCUCUGAAAGUUUCUUUUAAGUGAGUAACUAAAGGCUUCAAAACAAUGACUGAGUUCAUAUGUUAUACUAAGCUAUUUACUAAGUGAACAGAAUCACCAUGGUUCAUAUAGCACAUGAAGAAUGUGGCUGGGUCUUGCUUGUGGCCCAUUACCAUCCAUUUUCCCAUCCCCAGUCCCUCUCCUGACUACAUGGGGCCAAAAAUAUUGCUCUUUUUGCAUUUCAGAAGGGAGGGGUUUAACUGGGUAAAAUAAACACUUUAAACAUUAUAGAGGCUUAAGGCAUCCAUAGGACCCCUGAACAUGGAUCCUGGCCAAUCCACCGUAGGAGUACAGUCCCCGACGUGCUGUGGAAAGCCUGUAUGGGUCUCAAGCCAAUGGAAGCUGCAUGUUCCUGCAGUAAGUCCUAACCAAACCAUGUUAUAGGUUGGUGUUUAUAUAAGC